AUGGGGCCCUAUGGACCCUGGGUCCUGGAGGACACAGCUGCUUCUGCAGUGAGAGACUGUGUCUUUGAUUCUUCCUCCUCUUCCUCCUCUCCCUGGGGUCUGGAGGUGAAGUGUUCAGACUCGGUGCGUCUGGUCUCGGGGCCCAGUCUGUGCUCAGGAUCAGUGCAGAUCUGGGACCAGUCCUGGACCUGGGUCUGUGAAGGGGCCUUGGACCAGCAGGGGGCAGAGGUGCUGUGCAGGGAGCUGGGCUGUGGGGCUCCUUCUCUCCUCCAGGGGGCGCUCUCUCCUCUGGAGCAGACGUUCCACUGUGAGGGCCAUGAGUCUGCUCUGAUGGACUGUCCCCGCUCAGAGACCUGCUCCUCUGGAGCCGCUGUCAACCUCACCUGCUCAGAGCCGCUCAGGCUGGUGGGAGGGGCCAGUCGCUGUGCUGGGACUGUGGAGGUGAGACACAGAGGAGAGUGGAGACGGAUGAAGCCCUAUGAAUAUAAGAGACUCUGGGCCCUGGAGGACACAGCUGUUGUGUGCAGAGACCUGAACUGUGGCUCUGCUGUUUAUGGAGAAAAGAGAGAGGAUUUUCCACAGAGUCCAGUGUGGAGUGUCUCAUCUGACUGUGUGAAGAAGUCUGCAGUGAGAGACUGUGUCUAUGAUUCUUCCUCCUCUUCCUGGGGUCUGGAGGUGAAGUGUUCAGACUUACUGAAUCGUCCGGUCAUCUCUCUGUCUGUGUCUGACGGGGUUUCCGAGGCCCUGCCGCAGGGGGUCCGGGUGCUGCUGGGGUCAAAGUUCAGGGUCAAAUGCUCUGUGGAGCCACAGUACCCGGGAGGCUCCUUCCAGCUCCUCUCUCCCACGGCGCCCCUCGGUCAGAACCACACCCUGCCCGCUGUCAAUCACUCCGCACACUUCCUGUUCUCUGACACUGGCCCCGCCCACAAAGGAAACUACACCUGUGUUUACCACCUGCAUGUGUUCAACCACAACCUCUCCUCUCAGAGCCCCAGCCUCCAGCUCUCUCUGGGAGCUUCAGACUCAGCCCUGAUCAUCAGAGUCCUGCUCAUUCUACUGUUGAAGCUCCUCUACAUCCUUCCAAUGCUCUACUACUACUGCAAGGUCCGGGCCAGAGGGGGCGCUAGAGAGAGGACCUCAUUGGACUUAGACCAGUUCAGAUCCACAUGA